AUAUACACUCUUGAUUCUGAAGUAUUCGUUUCUUCAUCCCUUUAUUCCGUCUGAUUCGCGAUUUCUUUUUAUUCAUUUUUUUUUCUCGAGAAAAUUUCAUCUUCGAUUGACUGAACAAUGACAAAUGGUGAUGAAAUUGAUGAAUCUCCUCCAAGUAGGAAUAGAUUUUAUGAGUCGUGAUCCAGUUAAGAUAGGGGGCAUUUCUCUGUAUAUACAUCCCUCUGAUAAUCCAGGUGCGAUGCUUGUGCCGGUGCAGUUCACCGGAAUUGAAUAUCGAUCAUGGAGACGCAGUGUUCUUCGAUCAUUAUCAAUAAAGAACAAGUUAGGGUUCAUCAAUGGAGAAUGUCCACGACCAAAACCUGAUCACCAAACGUAUAGACAAUGGGAGAGAUGUGAUGACAUUGUCACAUCUUGGAUUCUGAAUUCAUUGUCUAAGGAGAUAGCUGAUAGUGUUGAAUAUGUUCUGGAUUCUAUUGAGCUUUGGAGAGAGCUGGAAGAUAGAUAUGAGAAAACUAAUGGUGCAAAAUUGUACCAAAUACAAAAAGAAAUCAAUGAAUUGUCUCAAGGUUCCCUUGAUAUCGCAGGAUACUACACCAAAUUGAAGAAACUCUAGGAAGAACUUAGCACUUUCAAUGUUAAAACUCAAUGCACCUGCAACUGCACUUGUGGAGCAAAGGCAACAAUUCAUAAAGCUGAGCAAGACAAAAGACUAAUCCAAUUCCUAAUGGGACUAAAUGAAAUCUACAUAGUAAUACGAGGAAGCAUACUCAUGAUAAAUCCCCUGCCUUUCAUGGCACAGGCAUUCUCUUUGUUGGUCCAGGAUGAACAUCAGAGGGAAAUGACUAUUGGUGCUGGUAAACCUCAAGCUUAUAAGACAAAUUAUUCACUAAACUCUAACUCUCAAUCUCAUUAUAAGGACAGAUUUUGUGACUGCUGUAAGAGUUCCAGUCAUCUCCGGGAGAAUUGCUAUCUACUUCAUGUCUAUCCAAACAACAACAAUCAAGCAGGUCAAAGGAAUAACAAUAUGCACAACACAACUCAGAGACCUAACACUUUCCGACCAGCACCUCUAAGAUACAAUCAGAACAAUGGUCAGAAUAACAAUGCUCCUAGAUAUAAUAGAGGAAAUGGGAAUAGAACAGUGACAAAUGUCCAUUGCACACAAGAUUUGGCUACUAGUAGAUCAACAGAAAAACAUGAAGAGGUGUUCAAUGUGAGUCUCACUAAAGACCAAUAUAGUCAUGUUCAAGAGAUGCUUCAGCAUUUUCAGAUGGAGCUGAAGGAUCAACCACCAGUUCACAUUUUGCUAAUAGCACAACUGACUUUGCAGGCCCCUUCAAUGAAGAGCCUCAGGUGAUUGGUAGGGCAGAAGCUGGUCUCUACUUCCUAUGUCCCAAGUGCUUGAAGAUUUCUGAUUCUGCACUUCUGAACAAUAACUUCUCCUGUAAUAGUGUACCUUUGUGUAAUACUUGUAAUGAAGUAUGCCCUUUCCACACAUUGAAUAAUAAGAAGUGUGGUUCUUUUUUGAAUGCUGAGAACUCACCUGUUAUUUCUCCUGUU